GUCUGCCAGUGACGUCUUGGCUGCGCGCCGCAGCAUGCAAGGCGGUGAGUGUGCCGUGACCUUAUGCGUGUCUUCGUCUUUGCCUUAGUUUCCUACCUGGAAGUCCGGACCGCCUGUUAUCAGGCCUCUCCGCAGCGACAGAAGCGGCCGCAGGCGGUUCUGAGAAGUCUAAGUGUUAUCAGGCCCCUCCACAGCGACAGAAGCGGAGAGGUUGGUGAGUGACAUGGAGAUUACAUGUGUCUUGGAGCAGGUUGCACGCCAGGACCUGUACUGACCACCUCCACGUGCCACUGGGGCUCUGAGGAGGAAUGGCGGCAGUGGGUAGCUUGCUUGGCCUGCUAAGAUGCAGCGCUGUGAAGGCCACUGGGUCUGCACUCCGCUGCCUGCAUACAUCCUCCUGGCGGGCCGACAGCAGCAGGGCCUCAUUUGCUCGUGUGCGCCGCCAGGCCUAUGCACGCCUCUACCCCGUGCUGCUGGUGAAACAGGAUGGCUCGACCGUCCACAUCCGCUACAGGGAGCCACGGCGCAUGCUGGCGAUGCCCAUAGAUCUGGACACCCUGACUCCUGAGGAGCGCCGGGCCAGGCUGCGGAGGCGUGAGGCUCAGCUCCAGCGGACGAAGGAAUACGAGGAGGAGCUCAGUGAUGACUUUGAUGUGGAGCGCUACCGACAGUUCUGGGCCAAGACCAAGAAGUGACCGUGGCUCCAGCCACGCCGGGACAUUGCUAAGAUGGGAGAGCGGUUCUUAAAUUCCCACUCUCAAAGCUGCCA